UAGCUAGUUACGCAGUAGCAGUUCGGCGUCAGGCAGCUAAUAAAACAUUGGACCAAUGCCUUAGAAACCCCGUCUCCUCCGCCUCCUUCUGAUAAAAUGAAUGUUGCCUGUUGAACUCAGUGGACGCUGUUAAUCAAAUUCACCGUCAAACACCGAUGUUAGAGGCGGAAAGAUCAUUAUUUGCAGCGGCCACAUUUUCGCUUUUUGGCCGAGCUAGCUAACUUGCUAGCCUAGCUCCUGUUAGCCUGUUAGCACGCCUGUGAUGGCACAGCCGGAGAGCGACGGGAUAAAGGAAGCCUAAACUCUGCAUGGCGACGGACUGGCAGCAGUGGGAGUGAGCAGCCAAUCAGCCAAGGCCCCCGGUAGCAACAUGGCGUCCCGUCAGAGGAACUCGGUCCGGAUCCUGUCCAACCGGGAGCGAGGCUCCCAGACCUUUGGCUCCCAGAGACUCCUGCAGCUGCUGGUGGAGGAGAAGGUCCGCUGGAUGAAAUGGCAGAGUCAGAAAGUGGAGCUGCCGGACAGUCCUCGGUCCACGUUCCUGCUGGCCUUCAGCCCUGACAGGACCCUCAUGGCUUCCACACAUGUCAACCACAACAUUUACAUAACAGAGGUGAAGACUGGAAAGUGCCUACAUUCCUUAGUGGGCCACCGUAGAACCCCCUGGUGUGUGACCUUCCACCCCACGAUACCCGGCCUGGUGGCCUCCGGGUGCCUUGACGGAGAAGUCCGAAUCUGGGACCUGCAUGGUGGGAGUGAGAGUUGGUUCACAGAGAGUAACGUGGCCAUCGCCUCCCUCGCCUUCCACCCCACGGCUCAGCUCCUCCUGAUCGCCACCAACAACGAGCUGCACUUCUGGGACUGGAGCCGACCGGAGCCCUUCGCCGUGGUCAAGACGGGCAGCGACACGGAGAGAGUCCGGUUGGUGCGGUUCGACCCUCUGGGCCACAACCUGCUGACAGCGAUCGUGAAUCCGUCCAAUCAGAGCGAGGAGGACUUGGAGGUUCCCAUGGACAGUGUGGAGAUGCCUCACUUCCGUCAGCGCUCCUUCCUCCCCACCCAGCCGGUUCGCCGCACGCCCAUCCUCCACAACUUCCUGCACAUCUUGUCGUCUCGCUCCCCGGGGGCUCAGGCUGGAGGCGAGCAGCCCCGCCCCUUAGGGGAUAAUGGAAGCAACGUGGGAGAAUCUCCCAGCAUGCCUCUGGCCCAGUACCCCAGCUCUGACCGCGGGCCCCCCUUCCCCGGCUGCACCCAGCACCUGGGCAUGGUGUGCCUGUGUAGUCGCUGCUCUGUCAAUCGUAACCCCCCCCUGGGCGCCAACGGUUCCUCUGUGACCCCCUCUGAUCCCAGGGUGUCAGCUGACACUCCCCAGCCCCCCCCGGCCUCCACCUUCUCCUCGGCCCGUACAGAGCCCCGGCAGCCGUCGGAGCGCCCCUCGGCCUUCACCUCAGUCUACUACAGCGCCGGCUCCUCUCUGAACCCCCCCGCCCCGAGUGGCGUCGAGCCGCACUCCACCUCCAGACCAGGACCCGACUGGACCUGCAACCUGCUCGGCAUGAGGGAGGGGGGGGUUGGCCAGGGUAUGCUGCCUCCCAGAACCUCCUCCUCCUCCUCCAUCAGCCUGCUGUCAGUGCUCCGUCAGCAGGAUGGCUCCUCCCAAUCCCCCGUGUACACCUCCGCCACUGAAGGGCGGGGCUUCCCCCAGCAAGGAGAGGGCGGGGCCAGAGACGCCGCGGGGACGAGCAGCGGGCACCACCCCUUCUGGGACGGCUCUCGCAGCAACACGGCGUCGUUCAGGAACGUACUGCAGUGCAACCUGAGCCGCUACUUCAUGGAGUUUGACCGCAUGCAGGACCUGGAGCCGCCGCUGGGGGGGGGCAUGACGGACGGCAGCCAGGAGCAGAAUCAGGAGCUGCUCAAUAAUAACAUGGACCCUGACAGACCCGGGCCUUCCUCCUCCUCCUCCACCGCCCCCACCAUCAUCCACUACCAGCCUCCUCUCCCUCCCCCUCCCUCCUCCCACAGUCUGGAGAACAACGUUCCUCCCCCCGCCUCCCGCGGUCACUUGAACCGCUGCCGGGCCUGCCACAACCUGCUGACCUUCAACCACGACUCUCAGCGCUGGGAGCGCACCAACCAGGCCUCCUCCACCUCCGCCUCCUCUCUGGAGGCCCCCACCUCCUCCUCCUCCUCCUUCCCCACCUCCUCCUCCCCCUGGCAACCUGAGGAGAGCAGGAGGACACUAGAAGCCCAGCCCCAGGAGAGGAGGGCGCCUCCGGAGCCCAGCGAGCAGCCCCCUCCCUCUGGAGGAGGAGGCGCAGGAGCAGUGGCCUUCCCCAUCGGCCCCUCCUCCACCCAGCCUGGGGAGCAGACGGUGGGGCUGGUGUACAACCAGGACACGGCGCAGUGGGAGAGGGUGUACCGGCAGGCUGCUGCCGGGCGCUCCGCAGAGCCACCGGAGGCCUUAAGCCAAGAAAUGCCUGUUGACCCCCCCGACGAGGACUCGCUAAGGAGGCGACUGUUGGAAUCGUCUCUGUUAUCGUUGUCUCGCUACGACAUGUCAGGAUCCAGAGACCACCCCAUCUACCCUGAUCCAGCCAGACUUUCUCCAGCUGCUUACUAUGCCCAGAGGAUGAUCCAGUAUCUGUCCAGACGGGACAGCAUCCGCCAGCGCUCGCUCCGUUACCAGCAGAACCGCCUGCGGGCCAUGUCGUCGUCGUCAGACAGCCCCGCCAGCAACCCGUCCAGCUCCAUGGACAACAGUGACGUGGACUUCGAGGAGCUGGAUGAUAACGGAGACAGAGCGAGACACAGGACGCCACGAAACGCCAGGAUGUCCGCCCCCUCCCUGGGUCGCUUCGUCCCUCGGAGGUUCCUCCUCCCUGAGUAUCUGCCCUAUGCUGGAAUUUUCCAUGAGAGAGGACAACCAGGCCUGGCCACACACUCCUCUGUCAACAGAAUCCUCGCUGGAGCGUCGAUUGGUGACGGUCAGUCUGCGGUGGCCAGCAACAUCGCUAACACCACCUACCGUCUGCAGUGGUGGGACUUCACCAAGUUCGACCUGCCAGAGAUCAGCAACGCUUCAGUCAACGUCCUGGUUUCAAACUGUAAGAUCUACAACGACGCCAGCUGCGACAUCUCUGCGGACGGUCAGCUGCUGGCCGUCUUCAUUCCCAGCAGCCAGCGGGGGUUUCCAGACGAGGGUAUCCUGGCCAUCUACUCUCUGGCUCCUCACAACCUGGGAGAGAUGCUCUACACCAAGAGAUUCGGUCCAAAUGCCAUUUCUGUCAGCCUGUCUCCCAUGGGCUGCUACGUCAUGGUGGGCCUGGCCUCUCGCAGGAUCCUGCUGCAUCCCACCACCGACCACAUGGUGGCGCAAGUCUUCCGCCUGCAGCAGCCUCACGGAGGAGAGACGUCCAUCAGGAUGGUCUUUAACGUGGUCUACCCCAUGGCUCCAGACCAGAGACGUCACGUCAGCAUCAACUCUGCCCGCUGGCUGCCCGAUCCUGGGAUGGGUCUGGCUUAUGGAACCAACAAGGGAGACCUGGUCAUCUGCCGGCCUGUGUUCUAUCGCAGUGAUGGUGAGAGCCCUGCAGAGUCGAACAGCGAACCUCUUUUCUCCGUCAACAACAGUGGAACCAGCCGGACCCGAGGUUCUGACAGACCAGGGCCUAAUCGCUCCGGCUGGCGGCUGGACAGAGACAUGGGAUUGAUGAACGCCAUCGGUCUUCAGCCCCGACACCCCGCUCCUUCUGUGACAUCACAAGGAACCCAGACGCCAAUCAUCCAACUGCAGAACGCCGAGACGCAGACAGAGAGGGACCUAUCAGAGCCCAGCGUCUCCCAGCCCCCACCCAAUGUCCCUCCUGAGACUCCGUCCACCAGUGCAGCAGCUCAGGGACAGAUGGAGGCGUCUCCGAGCAGCAGAGCUCAGGACAGCGUCCAGGGUGAAGCUACAUCAGAGGCCAACACCUCCACUGCUGCAGGUGAGUCUCCGGAUUUCGGCUCAGGUGAGGAUGCUCUGGCACGGAUUCGCCGGCUGAUCGCGGAGGGUGGUAUGACGGCAGUGGUCCAGCGGGAGCAGAGCACCACCAUGGCGUCUAUGGGCGGCUUCGGGAACAACAUCAUUGUCAGCCAUCGCAUCCACCGUGGCUCCCAGACGGCUUCCGGGGCCUCCAGGCCCUCGGCUGACCCUACGGCCCCCUCCUCCUCCUCAGGUCCCCUCCUCAUCACCCAGACCCAGUCGUACCCCCCUCCCCAGGCCUCCAGCCCGUCUGAACAGUUGGCCCCCAUGUGGGGCCCCCAGGUGCUGUCGGGCCCACCCCCCUCCGGCCUCUCUCUGGAUAUGGACGACGUGUUUGACGGAGGACGGACCGACGACGACUCUCUGCCGGGUCCCUCGUCUUCUUCCCUGCUGCUGUAUUCCCCCUCUUCCUCCUCCUCCUCCUCUCACAGCCCUCUCCCUGGCGGCGGCAGUGGCCGCCCCAACAGUUACCCCGGUGACCCGUACAGCAGGUAGCUCUCCUAUUGGCCGAGAGAAGCAGAGCGUUGGACGACGGGUUUGGUCCUCAAAGCCUUAUCUCACAGACAUGGGUGCUGCUUCGACUCUGCAGAGGGUCUCCCGCCUGGAACAGAAGGGACACAAGAACCCCCCUCACCCCCCUCACCCUCGAUGGCAUUGGCUGCACUUCCUCUGCACUUAGAGAACCUGACUGAAGCUCGUCAGAGAGGGGCGUGUCCCGUCAGCUCAGCUCCUCUCUCCUCGACGAGGCUCCUGUGUAUCCCAGUGCCAUGUCUGAGGGGGGGUCCGGGGUCGGGGUCGGGGUCGGGGUGGGGUGGGGUGGGGUGGGGGGGGUGAUCUCUUUCUCACACAUUUACUCCAACGUGCUGCAUUCGGUGCAAUGUGAUGUUGACUUUAGAUGUGAAUAGUGCGUGAUUGAAGUGUUCAAAGUGAAUUCAGCACUACUUUAUUUUGAAGCCUGUUUUUGUACCGUGUGAUGAUGUAAUGAUGAUGUAUUAAGGAGACAGCUGGAGGACAUCACUGUCCGAUCAUCAUGACUGAAUGAACUCGACCUGCUGCUUCUCUUCAGUAACUGCAAUUCAUCAAACACAUGAUCUUUUUUUUUUUUUUUAAGAGGAGAAGAACCAUUUCCUGUUUGAGGGCAGGGGGGCGGGGCUUCAUCAUGAUGUGCUCCAAACCUCCCAAACCCCUCCCCCUCUAAAUUACCACCCAACCCACUUUCACUAUAGUGCGUGUGCUACAAACCUGGUGUUCAGUGUGUGGAGGAGGUCAUGUGACCAGCUGCUGCUCAUUCACUUCUGUACAUGAGAAUCAACAGACUGUGAAUCAGCUGAUUGAAUCAUGUCGACAACAUAUUUAUCACAACUUUAGAAAUAAUCAUGUUUGUUUGGGGAGGGGUUUUUCUUCUGUACAGAAAUGAGUGUAAACCAAUGGCUGUCCUCACUUGCUCUCUCCUGUCCUCACCUGUAGGAAGCUCAGACUCCAGGAUGAUGACGGUUUUAUUCUUCAUUUUCGUACAGCAGUAAAUUUCAUGUUGAGACUUCAAACCAGCAGUGUGUUGGUCCUUCUCUUAGCUCCACCCCCCUCUGUCUGAGUCUCUCAGCUCAUUGGUUCCUACUGAUGAUGUAAAAACUAGAUAUAAAGUUUUUAAAAAGUUUCAUUAAUUUCCUGAAUCAGCUGAUCGACUGUAGUUUCUAACAGGAGGAACUAUUUUCAGCAGCAAAUUAAUCCAAAUUAAUGAUGAUGAAGGAACAUGUGUGAGACUGAUCCAAGGACCUGGUUCAGAUCUGAAAAUCACCAACUGAGACUUUAUAUAAAAUAUAAAACUCUUUAAUCGACUUUUAACAAUGUUGAUUAGAAGAUGAGACUGUCUGUGUGUGUCCGUCUGUGUGUGUGUGUGUGUGUGUGUGUGUGUCUGUGUGUGUCUGUCUG